CUUUAAAGUCGGCUAGGAGACCUCCGAGAUGUUCUGCAGAAGUGUCUCCGUUCAAUGAUCAUGUUGUGGUAAUCAUUGGUGGCGGUGCAGGUGGGAAUGCAGCAGCGGAAAGCCUUCGUCAGGAUGGUUACGGUGGCAGGAUUAUCGUUAUAAGUCGUGAGAACUACUUUCCAAUUGACAGACCAAAGCUUAGCAAAGCUAUGGGAGUGCAACUUGAAAAAUUAGAGAUUAGAAGUAAAGAAUUUUACGAUGACAUGUAUAUCAUAUUUAAGUUAGGAAUGUCUGUUACCUCUGUGGAUUCCGAGGCAAAGGUCGUCACUCUUGAUAAUAAUGAAAAAUUGAAAUAUAACACGCUUAUUAUUUCCACCGGAGCUACUCCACGAUCUAUCCCAAUCCCCGGAAUUGAUCUCGGCAAUAUUUUUUAUCUCCGGACCUACGAUGACUGUAAAAAAAUCGAAAGAGCUGUGGUAAAGGAAGAAGGGAUAAAUUUGGUGAUCAUUGGAUCGUCCUUUAUUGGAAUGGAAGUCGCGUCGGUCUACUCCAAGAAAGCAAAUAUAUCAGUGAUCGGCAUGGAAAAGGUCCCAUUUGAAAGAAUCCUUGGUUUUGAUGUUGGAGGGGCACUUCAAAAGUUUCAUGAAGCGAACGGCGUCAAGUUUUAUAUGUCGGCCUCGGUGAAGGGCAUUGAGCCUUCAAACACCGAUCCUACCAAGGGAGGAGCAGUAGUCUUAGCUGAUGGUGCCAGGAUCCCUGCCGACAUCAUCAUCGUCGGAGCUGGCGUGGCGCCGGCAACGGAAUUUUUAAAAAAUUCUCCAGGAUUCCAGUUGGAGAAAGAUGGAAGCAUUAAGGUUGAUGAGUACUUUAAAGUUGUAGGGCUUGAGGAUGUCUAUGCAAUCGACGAUUCGAUUCGUAAUCAAGGUGAUAUUGCGAGAUUCCCGUACCACCUUACUGGAGAGUCGCUUCGCAUCGAACAUUGGGCAUUUGCUGAGAAUACUGGUAAAGCUGUUGCGAGUAUGAUAGCGAAGAAUCAGCCCACUCCAUUCAUAAAAGUUCCAUACUUUUGGAGCACUCAGUAUGGAAAAAGCUUGAGAUACGCUGGUUACGCCAGCAGCCACGAUGAUGUGAUCGUGCACGGAAGCCUAGAGGAACUGAAGUUUGCGGCAUAUUAUACCCGUGGCGACAAAGUUCUGGCAGUUGCUACGCUUGCCAAAGAUCCACUCGCAUCUCACUCUGCAGAACUGUUGAGGCUUGGCCGUUUCCCCAGUGUUUCUGAAAUUAAAGCUGGCAAGGACCCCCUCACCGUUCCUUUGAUAG